UCCUGUGAUAUCACAAAGGCGUCAACUCAAGCGACGGUCGUAGCUCUCGGGACUUUUCGGGACUUUCGGGGGGCUGUUUGGGGUUCGGCGUCGCAGUUAGCAUUGCAUUCGAUAGUGUAGUGCCAACAGAGUCGGGAGGAGGGUGUUCGUUACACAUUGAGAGACUGCCACGACUCAUCACACACACGUCUUCACACUCACGCCAAAUCGUGCAGUGUGCAGUGUGCAAGAGUAAAUAUAAGAAUUCCAGGUUAUUGUGUGUGUGCGUGUGUGUGUGUUGUUUCCCCUCUCUUUCUCUGCUGCUGCUGCUGCUGGAGAGAGUUGUGAGUGUACCGAGCCGAUUGUUUUAUCCGUUUACUAGUCUCGUUCGAGUUGACCUGAACGAAAGAUCACGUCCAUUUUCGAUCCCCUCUGGCCAUAAGUGAGAGUGAUUCGCUGAGCAUGUCGGCCAUUGGUGGUUAAGUGAAUGGUGUCGAAGACAAUUCAAAAGAAGUUUUUCUAGAAAGUACACGCCAAAAAUACGAACUUCAUAAGAAAAAAGAAACGAAAUCGAUCGGAACUGAAUUUCCAAAAGGGUUUUCAGACUUUUGGAGCGAGCACACAACGGCCAACUAGAUCCAUCCAUCAUGGCUCUGAACGCUACCACACGUUUUAGCGAUAAUUACGAACUGAAAGAAGAAUUAGGAAAGGGAGCCUUUUCGAUUGUGCGGCGAUGCGUCCAAAAAUCCACCGGGUUGGAGUUUGCGGCCAAGAUCAUCAACACCAAAAAGUUGUCGGCUCGAGAUUUCCAGAAACUGGAACGAGAGGCCCGCAUCUGCCGCAAACUUCAGCACCCCAAUAUCGCUACACAUGAACCUUAUGGUGGUCAUUGGCGAGGGAAGGGUGAUCAAGCUUUGCUUCGACUCCACGACAGCAUACAGGAGGAGAGCUUUCAUUACCUCGUAUUCGACCUUGUGACGGGCGGCGAACUCUUCGAGGACAUCGUUGCCCGCGAAUUCUACAGCGAAGCCGAUGCGUCGCACUGCAUCCAACAGAUUUUGGAGAGCGUCAACCAUUGUCACCAAAACGGCGUCGUUCACAGGGAUCUCAAGCCGGAAAAUCUGCUCCUGGCCAGCAAAGCCAAAGGAGCCGCAGUCAAGUUGGCCGACUUUGGUCUGGCCAUUGAAGUUCAGGGCGAACAGCAAGCCUGGUUCGGCUUCGCUGGAACGCCCGGAUACCUGUCCCCAGAGGUGCUGAAGAAGGAGCCUUACGGGAAACCUGUGGAUAUCUGGGCUUGCGGUGUGAUUCUGUACAUUUUAUUGGUUGGAUACCCGCCGUUCUGGGAUGAGGACCAGCAUCGAUUGUACGCACAGAUCAAAGCUGGAGCUUACGAUUAUCCGUCACCGGAAUGGGACACGGUGACACCAGAAGCCAAAAAUCUCAUCAAUCAGAUGUUGACUGUCAACCCUGCCAAGCGCAUCACGGCCGCCGAAGCCCUUAAACACCCAUGGAUCUGCCAACGAGAACGUGUUGCCAGUGUGGUCCACAGACAGGAGACAGUCGACUGCCUCAAGAAAUUCAACGCCCGCCGCAAGUUAAAAGGCGCCAUUUUGACGACAAUGUUGGCUACGCGGAACUUUUCCAGCCGGAGCAUCAUCAACAAGAAGAGCGACGGUUCCAACGUCAAGGAGUCAACCGAUAGCAGCACGACGAUCGAAGAGGAUGACGUCAAAGAAAAGUCCAAGGGAGUGGUGGAUCGCAGUUCGACCGUCAUCGCCAAAGAGCCUGAAGUGACGCAACCGAGUUUGGCGGACGGCGGAGUCGCCUCCUGCCAGUCGAGCUCAACGGCGCCAGACGCAGUUGGCACUGGGACCGCAGCGAAUGCAACGCAAAGGGCUAGUGCCGAAGCAGCGAUGAUGGCCAAAGCUCUUGCCUCGUUGACGGCUGCCACACCCUUGCCGUCGUCCGCUUCUGGCGGCGGCGGCAGCGGCGGCGGCGGUAUCAACAAACCGGCCAUCCUUAGCGCGAUCCUCCGCACCGCCGUUCCAGAUCAAGCGACCAAAGUGGAGAAGAGUCAGGUCGCCCCUGCGGUCCCAGCCGCCCCCAUGGCCGCAGUUCAACAUCAUCGAGUUGGCACUCAGCCAGCCGAUCCAAUGCGACCGGACGUUCGACUUACCGCUACGGCCAAGACGUGCUCCCAGUUGCCCAGCAACUGGAACGGCUCAGCCAGGAAACAAGAGAUCCUCAAGCUGACGGAGCAACUGCUGGAAGCCAUCAGCGCUGGUGAUUAUGAAACCUACGCGAAAAUAUGCGACCCGCAUGUGACAUCGUUUGAGCCGGAAGCUCUUGGCAAUCUCGUGGAAGGGCUCGAGUUCCACAAAUUCUUCUUCGACAACCUUCUAGGCAAGAAUUGCAAAUCAAUCAACACACUGAUCCUCAACCCUCACAUCCAUUUGAUGGGCGAGGAUGCCGCCUGCAUUGCAUACGUCCGUCUGACUCAAUUCGUGGACAAACAAGGGCAGGCGCACACACAACAGAGCGAAGAAACCCGCGUGUGGUACCGCCGUGAUGGCAAAUGGCUGAAUGUUCACUUUCACCGAUCGGGAGCCUCAACUCCUUGUACUCUUCCGUAUCAUCAAAAUAAAUAACAACACACCUUACCCUAUUAAAAAAAAAGAAAAGAAAAAAAACCAAAAAACUUACUUCUCCCUCCUCUCUCUGUCUCCCUGUCUUUUUUCAUUUCCUCUUUUCUUUCCAUCUAUCUAUUUCCCACAAUGGAAAAGUAUAUUAUAUAUUUAGAUCCACCGUCUUGUCAUUUCAAGAUUCUUGAUCCUAUCCCCAUCUAAUCCUAGGCUUUGAAAAAUGAAAACUAGUUGGAGAUAUGAAUAAAAGAGCUUAGAUGUGAUCCUCUGUCGAUUGUGGGCAACGCACCACCGAUCAUGCGUGGAACAUUCGGCGAUAUUUCGAUUAAUACUGGAUUGUUUUUCUUUUACUUUCAUUUCGUAUUUUGAUUCUUUUCCUGUCUCUUUUGUCGUCUUGUCAUCUGUACGUGGACGAGUCAGCCAGAGAGAGAGAGAGAGAGAUGAAACCCGAAAGAUAUAUCAUGAAAGAAGAUCGAAUGAAGAAACACCCAAAGUGCGCUCCAUUUUCUCCUACUCCAGCUUCACGAGAGAAUGCGUUUUACUGCAUUUGCGAGAUUGCAAAGAAGUGAAUAAUGAUUGGCGGGGAAUGAAGUGUCAGAAACAUUUGGAAUCCUCGCAGGGUUUUCUUUGGCCCACUCCUUCUGUAUCACCGCGGAUGGAAAAAAGUCAGAAAUUGAUCGACACAAAACUGAUGGGAUUCUUUUUUUUUUCUUCAAUCCGAAUUCCUUCUUUGAAAAAAACAAAAAAUGCUAAGACUCUUUUCUUUUAAAACUCUGCGCCAUUUGCGGCGUUUUCUUUCAUUUCGGCUCGUCCAUUUUUUCUUGUUUUUUAUUUCCUUCUUUCAUCAUCAGGCUCACUCUCUCCUUUUAUUUUCUAAUCCACUCGUUUCGUACUCGGCGGUUGCCAUGACAAGCAUUUUGUAUUAUUUAGAUAUAUUCAAAUCUAUUUGCCUCUAAUUGAACAAAAGAAGUGAAAGAGAUAAGAAAAUUAUCCUCCCGGCCUCCCAUUUUGUAGGAAAGGGGAAAAUCACAUUUUGUUUGCCGUGAAAAAGAAAAAAAAAAUGUGUUGGGCGAGAGGCUCAAAUUUGAUCAGCCGUUUCGUCUUUUUGUUUUUUUGUAUCAUGAUACAUUGAUUUGUUUAUUCAUUUUUUUUAUUAGUUUUUUUUUUUUUUUUUUUUUUUUUAAUUAGUGUCCUACCAACUCCACUCUUUUUCUAUAUAUUUACAUUAAUGUUGAUUAGUGAUGCAAAACUGGUUCGUCUCUCGUCCCCCCUUACAUUCUUCUCCCGCAAAUUUUUCGUUUUUUUUUUUUCAAUUCCGUGUCACUUGGUAACUAAUUAAUUAUGUCCUCGCUUCUCUUGUGUAAUCAUUGAAAACAAAACAACACCUCGGUUGUGUGUCUUCGUGUACAUGGGUUCCGUCUUGUGUUCUCCGACUCCAUUCGUUCCCGUUAGUCAAUUGACAGGUGCAUUAGAACUGGACUAAUUCGUGUUUCAAACUGGUAGUCCUCCCAUUAUACUUUCAGCCCGAAAUUUCCUUUUGAAUCCUCGCUCUCUCUCUCCCUAAUGAUAUAAGCGUGUGUUUGUUCUAAACGAAACAAGCAAACAAACAAACAAACAAACAAACAA